AGACGACGACGUGCGUGCGCACGACGGUCGAGACGACGGCCGACGCCCCCCUCUCGCUCCUCGAUCGCUCGCGCGCGCGCGCGGCAAAGCAGCUAAGCUGCUAGGCGGCAUGGCGAUCGCUGCAGCUGCCUCCUCCCCUCGCCGGGAGCGCGGCCUCGCCCUCCUCGUCUCCGUCCUCCUCCUCCUGCUCGCGUCCCGGGCCCCGGCCGCCGCCGGCCAGGACUCCGAGUUCGAGGACGGCACCUCGCCCAAGUUCCCCGGCUGCGACAACCCCUUCCAAAAGGUGAAAGUGACGUACUGGGUGGACGGCGCCGAGAUGAACAGCAUGACCGGGAUCACCGCCAGGUUCGGCAAGACGCUGCCGGUCACCGGCUCCGACGGCGAGAAGCGGAAGGCCGUGGUUCCCACCCCGAAGACCAGCUGCGCCAAAUCGUCCUCACAGCUGGCUAACUCCAUCGCCGUGGCGGAGCGCGGGGAGUGCACGUUCCUGGAGAAGGCGAGCACGGCGGAGUCCGGCGGCGCGGCGGCGCUGCUCCUCAUCAACGACGAGAACGAUUUGCAGAAGAUGGUGUGCACCCAGAACGACACGGCCCCUGACAUCGCCAUCCCGGUCGUGAUGGUGUCGCAGUCUGCCGGCCGCAAGAUCCUCUCGGGAAUGGAGGGUGGAGCAAAGGUGGAAUUGCUGAUGUACGCGCCGGAGAAACCGACUUUCGAUGGAGCUAUACCUCUCCUCUGGCUGAUGGCCGUCGGCACCACGGCCUGUGCGUCAGUCUGGAGCUUCGUCGUGGUCGGCGACGAGGAUAAGAAUGCUCCUUCAUUGGGCGGAGAAGAAGAUUCUGAAUCUGAAAUCGUGGAGCUGAAGACUAAAACCGCGAUUGUGUUCAUCGUCACCGCGUCGCUUGUCCUGAUGUUCCUGUUCUUCUUCAAAUCCGCAUGGUCUGCAUGGAUACUGGUUGGUUUGUUCUGCCUAAGUGGUCUUCAGGGAUUGCAUUAUGUUGCCUCGACUCUUAUUGUAAGAGUUUGCGAACGGUGCCGCGAGGCAAAAGUAAAUCUUCCUUUAUUAGGGAACGUAACAGUGAUUACACUUGUCAUCUUGCCACUAGCACUAAUCUUCGUUGUCGUCUGGACUCUACACCAGAAUUCACCGUUUGCUUGGGUUGGUCAAGACCUUAUGGGCAUUUGCAUGAUGAUUCUUGUAUUGCAAGUUGUUCAUAUGCCAAAUAUUAAAGUUGCAUCAGCGCUUCUUGUCAGCGCAUUUAUGUAUGACAUAUUUUGGGUGUUCAUAUCACCCCUUAUAUUCAAGAAAAGUGUCAUGAUCACAGUUGCCCGUGGUAGCGAUGAUGGACCGAGCCUUCCCAUGGUUCUGAAGAUGCCAAAGGAGUUUGAUACAUGGAAUGGCUAUGACAUGAUUGGAUUUGGCGACAUUCUUUUCCCAGGACUGCUUGUUGCUUUCAGUUUCAGGUAUGACAAAUCACAUGGCAAGGACUUGACUGACGGUUAUUUCCUCUGCCUAAUGAUCGGUUACGCCUUCGGCUUGUCAUGCACAUAUGUUGGCCUGUACCUUAUGAAGAGUGGCCAGCCAGCUCUCCUCUACCUAGUCCCUUCAACACUAGGAGUUAUUGUCCUACUGGGAGCGAGGAGAGGUGAGCUAAGUCAGCUCUGGAAUGCCAAAGUAUAGCAAAUGAAAUGUUGAUACUUGGCUGCAGGGCUUGCAGCAUUGUAGUUAGAGAAGCGAUUAUUGAUCUCAAACUCUGAAUACCAGGUUAUUGUUGGUAUUAUAUCAUGCCAAACCAUCUUCAGAAACCCUGUGUUAGAUUAUAUUUUUCUUUCAGUGUAUACUCAGGCUCACCAUGAACGGUGAUUACUAGUGUCAAGCAGUAUACUCUCGCUGUGAAUGUCACAGCUUGUGAUGUAAAUGUGUGCAAUAUUUACAUAAUCUUUGUUC